CCCCGGGCUCCACGGGCCAUUCGGCUCUACUCUCCCGGCCUACAAAUCUUCGCGCGCUCUCCGUCAUUACUCGGAGUUUUCCGUGGUUCUCCCUUUGCGCCUGCGUAAUCCCGCCCCGCCCCACGCGCGGGCUCCUGCGCGGGUUGCCACCCGGUGUCCGGCCCGUGGCGCUCAGAUCUCUUCUUCCCGGUCCGGCCCACAGCGCGCGGCGCCAGCACCAUGCUCUUCUACUCCUUUUUCAAGUCCUUGGUGGGCAAGGAUGUGGUCGUGGAGCUCAAGAAUGACCUGAGCAUCUGUGGAACCCUCCAUUCUGUGGAUCAGUAUCUCAACAUCAAACUAACUGACAUCAGUGUGACAGAUCCUGAGAAAUAUCCUCACAUGUUAUCAGUGAAGAACUGCUUCAUCCGGGGUUCAGUGGUCCGCUAUGUACAGUUGCCAGCAGAUGAAGUGGACACACAGUUGCUACAGGAUGCAGCAAGGAAGGAAGCCCUGCAGCAAAAACAGUGAUGGCUCCUACUCCCUUUCCCCUCCCUUGUCCAUUGGUGACCUUCUAACUUCAUGUCCCAGCUAGUGACACAUCCCCCCACACUUGAUUUUUUUAAUAGUUGCUUUUUGUUUUGUUUUUUUUUAACUAAAGGAUUGGGUGGGUGAGAAGAAGAAUAGUAUAAUAAUGGGGGCAACUACCCUCCCCCCUGUUAAGGGGGAUAAAGAGCCUGGGGAACAACAAAGCCUUCCCAGUACUCAGCAUCUGCCUUUCACACUCCUUCCGUGGAUUUGGGAACCUUAGGUCUUUCUAGGGCAGCAUUUGGGGGAUGGAAGGCAUCUGUCCCGCAUCGGGAAUAAAAUUUAUGAUGCAAAAUU